AUGGGACAAUGUGUAUGUUCUGAACAAAUAACAGUGCUGAGUGAGGCACCUCCACUCAAUUUUACUAGCAAUAUAGAGACAAUUAGAGAAGGAGCAGCAAUCACAGAUGAACCUAUGAUACAAGGGGAUUUGGAGAAGAAUUCAUCAUAAACGAAAACCAGAUAAACGGAAGAUUCCUUACUGUUAGAAAUCCAUCGACCAGACAUUAAAGAGGCCAGUUUGACAUCUUAAUUGUUCUAGACAUCCUCGUUCAAAGUCAAAGAACUAUUAGAUAGAUUGGGACCAUAUGAAGUAGAAGAGACAGAUGCUUAUUUUUAUGGAGUUUAUGAAUUAAAUAAUGGAAGUUUAUACAAAGGAGGAUGGUUAGAAGGUCAAAAAUGGAGUAAAGGAGUUUAAAUCAUGAAAAAUGGAUCAAUUUAUGAAGGAUAGUUCUCUAGAGGAUUGGCCAAUGGAAAGGGUAGAAUGAUUUAUGCUGAUGGAGAUUAUUAUAUAGGAGAAUGGGCAGAUGAUCAACAUCAUGGAUAUGGUGAGUAUUAUCAUGGUGAUGGUGCCAUGUACAAAGGAAAUUGGUUUGAGAAUUUAUAAAAUGGAUAUGGUUUUGAGUUGUUCUCUGAUAAAUCUAGUUAUACAGGUUAAUUUAAAUUAGGUAAACGUGAUGGUUAAGGCGUUUAUAAAUUUCCAGAUGGUUCUCUUUAUGAAGGUUGGUUUAAGAAUAAUUAAUUUAAUGGAUAAGGUAUUUAUUAUUGGCAUGAUGGCAGAAAAUAUGAGGGGGAAUGGUUAAACGAUUAAAUGGAUGGAAAGGGCAAGAUGACAUGGUCCAAUGGUACGGUUUAUGAAGGAGAAUACAAGAAUGAUAAGAAACAUGGGUUUGGAACUAUAACAUGGCCUGAUUCUCGAUAAUAUUCAGGAUAAUGGGAAAUGGGUAAAUAACAUGGAAUCGGAGAGUACGUUAAUUGUUAGUAAGGCAAGAGAAAGGGUUAAUGGAUUAAUGGUAAAAGAAUCUAAUGGUGUGAUUGA